ACCCUCGACGCGGCGGCGGCGGAUGGUGCCGCCAGCGGCGUGGAUGCGCUCGCGUUCCCGGGGUCGAAGGGGCCGGUGGUCCUCUGUGCUGAAGGCCACGGCGCCAGCGCGGCUCAGCACCGCGCGGGAGUCACCGCAGUGCGCCAAGUACAGAAACCGCGGGGAGACCAGCAACGCCACGGCCGUGGAGCCGCCCGUUUCCACGCGGGGCCAGAGGGAGCGCAGGUGCUCGUCGGCGCUCAAGAAGGCUCGGCGCAGCGCCUCGCGCACGCCCUCGGGCUCCCUAGGCUGUGGGCCCAGCUCCUCGAGCACAUGGCCUGGCAAAUGGCGUGCACCGAAGCGGGCAGCUCGAGCCCCACCGUGGCCGUCGAGGACGGCAAACAAGGCCCAGCCCGGGGGCAGACCAGAAGAAGCUCCGUCUACAGCCUCCUCAACUCCUGAUUCCACAGAAGGAGGGAACGACGACUCCGAUUUUCGGGAGCUGCACACAGCCCGGGAAUUCUCAGAGGAGGACGAGGAGGAGACCACGUCGCAGGACUGGGGCACCCCCCGGGAGCUGACCUUUUCCUACAUCGCCUUUGAUGGCGUAGUGGGCUCCGGGGGCCGCAGGGAUUCAACUGCCCGCCGCCCCCGCCCCCAGGGCCGCUCAGUCUCGGAACCACGAGACCAGCACCCUCAGCCCAGCCUGGGUGACAGCUUGGAGAGCAUCCCCAGCCUGAGCCAAUCCCCGGAGCCUGGACGCCGGGGUGAUCCUGACGCCGCCCCUCCAUCCGAGCGCCCUCUGGAAGACCUGAGACUUCGGUUGGACCAGCUGGGCUGGGUGGCCCGGGGAGUGGGAUCCGGGGAGGACUCUUCCACCAGCAGCUCCACCCCGCUGGAAGACGAAGAACCCGAAGAACCCAACAGAUUGGAGGCAGGAGAAGCUGGGGAAGAACUGGACCUACGACUCCAACUUGCUCAGCCCUCACCGCCCGAGGUCUUGACUCCCCAGCUCAGUCCGGGCUCUGGGACACCCCAGGCCGGUACUCCGUCCCCAUCCCAAUCGCGAGAUUCGAACUCUGGGCCCGAAGAGCCCUUGCUGGAAGAGGAAGAAAAGCAGUGGGGGCCACUGGAGCAAGAGCCAAUAAGGGGACAGUGCCUCGAUAGCACGGACCAAUUAGAAUUCACGGUGGAGCCACGCCUUCUAGGAACAGCUAUGGAAUGGUUAAAGACAUCAUGGCUUUUGGCUGUUUACAAGACGGUUCCAAUUUUGGAAUUGUCCCCACCUCUAUGGACAGCCAUUGGCUGGGUCCAAAGGGCCCCCCCCCCCCCCACUCCUGUCCUCCGGGUUCUACUGAAGUGGGCAAAAUCCCCGAGAAGCAGCGGUGUCCCCAGCCUCUCACUCGGAGCCGAUAUGGGGAGUAAAGUGGCCGACCUGCUGUACUGGAAGGACACGAGGACGUCAGGAGUGGUCUUCACAGGCCUGAUGGUCUCCCUCCUCUGCCUCCUGCACUUUAGCAUCGUGUCCGUGGCCGCGCACGUGGCUCUGUUGCUGCUCUGCGGCACCAUCUCUCUCAGGGUUUACCGCAAAGUGCUGCAGGCCGUGCACCGGGGGGAUGGAGCCAACCCUUUCCAGGCCUACCUGGAUGUGGACCUCACCCUGACUCGGGAGCAGACGGAACGUUUGUCCCAGCAGAUCGCCUCCCGCGUGGUCUCGGCGGCCACGCAGCUGCGGCAUUUCUUCCUGGUAGAAGACCUCGUGGAUUCCCUCAAGCUGGCCCUCCUCUUCUACAUCUUGACCUUCGUGGGUGCCAUCUUCAAUGGUUUGACUCUUCUCAUUCUGGGAGUGAUUGGUCUAUUCACCAUCCCCCUGCUGUACCGGCAGCAUCAGGCUCAGAUCGACCAGUAUGUGGGGUUGGUGACCAAUCAGUUGAGCCACAUCAAAGCUAAGAUCCGAGCUAAAAUCCCAGGGACCGGAGCCCUGGCCUCUGCAGCAGCCGCAGUCUCCGGAUCCAAAGCCAAAGCCGAAUGAGAACGGUGUCUCUGCCCGCAGGACGCCUGCCCCCACCCCCCGCAGCCCUCUGCCCCCCUCCAUCUCCUGUCCGUUCCCACCCACCCCCCUCCUCGGCCCGAGCCUUUUCCCGGUGGGUGUCAGGAUCACUCCCACUAGGGACUCCGCGCUAAUUACCUGAGCGACCAGGACUACAUUUCCCAAGAGGCUCUGCUCCAGGAGUCCAGGAAAAACGAGGCACCUCUGGCCGCGGGGCCUGCUGGGACUUGUAGUUGCCUAGACAGGGCACCACCCUGCAGUUCCGGACCCGCCGCUGGAGGCGCCGUGAGGCGUUGGUGUUUCCCGGACGCUACUAGCCCCAACGCCGGGGCUUUGCAUGGGGCCCAGGGGAGGCCUGAGCUUGGAUUUACACUGUAAUAAAGACUCCUGUGGAAAACC